AUGGACGACCCCGCGGCUCCGGGGCCCGCCGGCUCUCCUGCUAAUGACAACGGCAACGGCAAUGGCAACGGCGGCAAAGGGAAGCCGGCUGUGCCCAAGGGCCGGGAAGCGUUCCGCAACCAGCGGCGGGAGUCGGAGGGCUCUGUGGACUGCCCUACUCUGGAGUUUGAAUAUGGAGAUGCAGACGGACAUGCAGCAGAAUUGUCAGAAUUAUAUAGCUACACAGAGAACCUGGAAUUUACUACUAACAGAAAGUGCUUUGAAGAAGAUUUCAAGACUCAAGUGCAAGACACCAAGGAAUGGCUGGAGUUGGAAGAAGAUGCCCAAAAGACCUAUGUGAUGGGACUUCUGGACCGACUGGAGGUGGUCAGUAGGGAAAAACGGCUUAAGGUGGCCCGGGCUGUUCUCUAUCUAGCCCAAGGCACCUUCGGGGAAUGUGAUUCUGAGGUUGAUGUGCUACACUGGUCCAGAUACAAUUGCUUCCUGCUCUACCAGAUGGGGACCUUCUCAGCCUUCCUGGAGCUACUCCACAUGGAAAUCGACAACAGCCAGGCCUCUAGUAGUGCCCUUCGGAAACCAGCUGUCUCCAUUGCUGACAGCACUGAGCUCAGGGUACUGCUGAGUGUCAUGUACCUAAUGGUGGAAAAUAUCCGCCUGGAGCGAGAAAUAGACCCCUGUGGGUGGAGGACAGCCCGAGAGACCUUCCGAACUGAACUGAGUUUCUCCACACAUAAUGAAGAGCCUUUUGCACUCCUGCUGUUUUCUAUGGUUACCAAAUUCUGCAGUGGCCAGGCCCCACACUUUCCAAUAAAGAAGGUUCUGCUUCUGCUCUGGAAGGUGGUCAUGUUUACUCUUGGUGGAUUUGAAAACCUUCAGGCUCUCAAAAUACAGAAGCGUGCCGAGUUGGGCCUGCCUCCACUAGCUGAAGACAGUAUCCAGGUCAUAAAGAGCAUGCGUGCUGCCUCCCCGCCUUCUUACACUCUUGAUCUGGGAGAGUCUCAGCUGGCCCCUCCACCCUCCAAGCUGCGGGGCCGCCGUGGUUCUCGAAGGCAACUCCUCACCAAGCAAGACAGCCUGGACAUCUACAAUGAAAGGGAUCUCUUCAAGACUGAAGAACCAGCCACAGAGGAGGAGGAAGAAUCUGCAGGUGAUGGAGAACGAACCUUGGAUGGAGAGUUAGACCUGCUAGAACAGGAUCCUCUGGUGCCACCUCCACCCUCACAGACACCUCUCUCUACUGACCGAGUAGCCUUCCCCAAGGGCCUCCCCUGGGCCCCGAAGGUUAGACAGAAGGACAUCGAACACUUCUUGGAGAUGAGCAGAAACAAGUUCAUUGGAUUCACUCUGGGGCAGGACACAGAUACCUUGGUUGGAUUACCUCGACCCAUCCACGAGAGUGUGAAGACUCUAAAGCAGCACAAGUAUAUCUCCAUUGCAGAUAUACAGAUAAAGAAUGAAGAGGAGCUAGAGAAAUGCCCCAUGUCUUUGGGAGAAGAGGUGGUACCAGAAACACCGAGUGAAGUCCUCUACCAGGGCAUGCUGUACAGCCUCCCCCAGUACAUGAUUGCACUGCUUAAGAUUCUGCUGGCUGCAGCCCCCACCUCCAAGGCUAAGACAGACUCUAUCAAUAUCCUGGCAGAUGUCCUGCCUGAAGAGAUGCCUGUAACUGUUCUCCAGAGCAUGAAGCUAGGCAUUGACGUGAACAGACACAAGGAGAUCAUUGUAAAGAGCAUCUCUGCCCUGCUCCUUCUACUUCUCAAACACUUCAAGCUCAACCAUAUCUACCAGUUUGAAUAUGUAUCACAACAUUUAGUGUUUGCCAACUGCAUCCCCUUGAUCCUGAAGUUCUUCAAUCAAAACAUCCUGUCCUAUAUCACAGCCAAAAACAGCAUUUCAGUGCUGGAUUACCCGUGCUGUACCAUCCAGGAUUUGCCAGAGCUUACUACUGAGAGUCUGGAAGCCGGAGACAAUAGCCAGUUCUGCUGGAGGAACCUCUUUUCUUGCAUCAACCUCCUGAGGCUGCUCAAUAAGCUGACAAAAUGGAAGCAUUCCAGGACCAUGAUGUUGGUGGUGUUUAAGUCAGCUCCAAUCUUAAAGCGAGCUCUCAAAGUCAAACAGGCCAUGCUACAACUUUAUGUCCUGAAGCUCCUAAAGAUACAGACCAAGUACCUUGGGCGCCAAUGGAGGAAAAGCAACAUGAAGACCAUGUCGGCCAUUUACCAGAAAGUGCGCCACCGCAUGAACGAUGACUGGGCUUAUGGGAAUGACAUCGAUGCCAGACCAUGGGACUUCCAAGCAGAAGAAUGUACCCUGAGGGCCAACAUUGAGGCUUUCAACAGCCGCCGAUAUGAUAGACCGCAGGACUCAGAAUUCUCACCUGUAGAUAACUGCUUACAGAGCGUGCUGGGGCAGAGGCUGGAUCUGCCUGAAGAUUUCUACUAUUCCUAUGAGCUCUGGCUGGAGAGAGAGGUGUUCUCCCAGCCCAUCUGCUGGGAGGAGCUGCUCCAAAACCACUGAGCUCUUGUCAGCAAAGCCUGGGGUGCAGGUUGGCUCCAGUGAUGUGCUUUGCCUGCCCUGCCCACCCAGCCUUCAUGCUGAACUCUAGGAGUAUGUGUCGAGGGCAGUUCCAGCCCAGCAUCCAGCAGAGACGCCUAGCAUAACUCGGCUAUUCUGGAUGCCAUUAGGCUUGAAGGUAGUUGCAAGACUAGGAUCCUGAGUCAAAGCAAAUGGGCCAACUUGCCCUAGGCUCAGCUAGGUACCUAGAUGGCCUUCAGAUCUCCUGAUGGAUCUCCUGGACAGACUCUCUGAAACCUGCUAUAAUCGUGCCUAGAACCAGGCUGGCCUUUUGUCACUGUGGCUAGCCUUUGCUAGCUACACUAGUGAAAGGAAGUCUGUUAUAGCAUUUGAGCCAUGACAUUCAUCUCAAGCAGGUACAGGCCAUAAAAUGAGCCUUUUCUUACCCACUCUAGAUGCCUGGGACUUAGCAUUUAGAAAAACCAACUUUAGACUGUA